AUGGAAACCAGGUUCAGCGAGGGGCUCUUUAAAAAGAACGACCACCUUAAGCAGCCUGGCCUCGCGCAAGAGGCCAACCAUAACCUGAGACCAUGGGAUCAGCCGCCGCCGCAAGCGCCUGCUGCUCCCGCCAGCUCCUCCUCCUCUGAACGGCACGCCGGGAAUCUUCUUUCUCGGUCUGCCUGGGGAGACGAUGAGCUCGGAGGAGCCUUCUGCCCAACACCAUUCCUUCCCGACCAAUUUGCCGACAUCGAACCGGACCCGUCGUGGUGGUCGGACUGCAACACCUUCUUCGUGGACACCAGCCCCGAGCUGGCCGACCUCGACUGGACGCUGGACGACGACCUGCAGCGCGCCCUUGCCGAGACCGCCGCCGCCCUCACCACCACGCUCGCCGCGCCGACGGCGCUGCCAGCCCUCGCACCCGCACCGGGGCCCAUGAUCCCCCCGGCCGACUGGUCCGGGUUCGGCGUCUUUGAUAGUAACCCGCCGACCGCGGCCAGCAGCAACAGCAGCGGCAGCACGUACCCCACGCCCGCAGUGUCGAGCGGCUUCGCCCACCACCAUCCGCAGACGGACGCGCAUCACCAUCGCCGUGGCCGUCGCGGCGUCGACCCGGAUCUGCUCCUCAAGCGCCAGCGCAACAAGGUCGCCGCGCAGCGCUACCGGCAAAAGAAGCUCGACCGCAUCGCCGAGCUCGAGGGCGAGGUCGCAGACGUCAGCCGCGAGCGCGACGACCUGCGCGUCCGGCUGGCCAAGCAGGAGGCGGAGACGGCCGCCCUGCGGGAUAUGUUGAAGUUGGUAAACCCUGGAAUGGUCAAGGACAGUUAG